UGGAAACCUCAUUCUCCUAUAGCUAUAUUGCUAAUCUUUGGCUUCUAUGUUUCCUAAUGUCUGCGUUCAUGCUCCCCAAAGGCAUGUUCACUUUGAGGGGGCAAUGCAACGAAAAAGACCGCCACCUUCUCUUAAACUUCAAACACACUCUUGUUGAUCCCUCGACCAUCCUCUCCGAUUGGACCCGUGAGCGAGAUUGCUGUGAAUGGGCCGGAGUUCGGUGCGACAACACUACCGGCAGAGUCGUUGAGCUUAGUCUCCCUUGUUCUCCAGAAUCCUCCCCCCCUGAUGGCUGUGAUGAUGAGAAAUCACACUGUCUAACAGGUGACCUCAACCUAUCAUUGCUUCAACUUGAGUUUCUAAAUUACUUGGAUUUGAGCAACAAUGACUUCCAAGCUAUCGUUCAAAAAGGUUCUGAGGAUGUGACAAAUUGUGAUAACAUGCCUUUUGUUCAUCAUCCUCAUUCAUGUGAAAAUUCUUCCAAUCUUCAUUAUCUCGAUUUAUCUGAAAAUGAGAAUCUUUAUAUUGACAAUAUUCACUGGCUUUCUCGUGUUUCCUCCCUGAAAUAUCUUUCCCUCGGUGGCAUUGAUCUUCAGAAAGAAAUAGAUUGGCUCCAGUUAGCAACUCUCCUUCCAUCGCUUACAGAGUUACACUUGGACGGUUGUUCCCUAAGAAACAUCAAUCCAUCUCUCCCGUUUGUCAAUUUUACUUCCCUUGAAGUUCUUGACCUUCCUUUUAAUGCUUUUAGCACCCAAUUCUUGCCUCACUGGUUAUUUAACCUUAGUGAUCUCACAGUUGUCGACUUGCGCUAUAAUCAUUUUCAAGGCCAACUCCCAAAGAGUUUAUUGAAUCUUCGAAAUAUAAAAGAAUUGUUAUUGACAGACAAUAAACUCAGUGGAUUGAUUCCAGGUUGGCUUGGCCAACUUGAAUAUCUACAAGUACUUGGUUUCGCUGGAAAUAUGUUUUGUGGUCCUAUUCCGUCAACUCUGGGAAAUCUGUCAUCCCUGAUUGUCUUGGAUGUUCGCUCAAACUACUUGAAUGAUAGUGUUCCAGAAAGUCUCGGACAGCUCUUGAAGUUGGAGCUGUUGAGUUUGGGUGAUAAUCAUUUGACGGGGCAUUUGACCGAUAGAAUUUUUGCCAAUCUCUCGAAUUUGGAGUACCUUUCCAUGGGAUCUCCCGGCUUAAUCUUUGACUUUCAUUCCCUUUGGGUUCCUCCAUUUCAACUUGAAGAACUUAUUUUGACAAACAUGACGGGUCCUAAACUUCCUCCUUGGAUAUAUACACAAACUUCCCUAAUAAGUUUAGAGAUUGGCUCCUCAAGAAUUUCAUUUGAACCUAAAGACAAGUUUUGGGGCUUUGCAACCCAGUUGGCAAAACUAGAAUUACAUGAUAACUGGGUUAAGGGGGACAUGUCAAACGUGUUACUAGACAACAGAUGGAUAAUUUUAGAUUCAAAUAAAUUUGAAAGUGGUCUCCCUCGAUUAUCACCAAAUGUUGUCCUUUUCAGUGCAAGUGACAGCUCUUUUCAAGGAUCCCUUUCUCCACUGUUGUGCCAAAAAAUGAAUGGGAACAGCCAGUUAAGGUAUAUAGACUUAUCCAAUAAUUCUUUAUCUGGGGAAUUGACUGAUUGUUGGAUGAAAUGGAAGUCAUUGGUUAUUGUUAAGCUCAGCAACAAUAAUCUAACAGGCACAAUUCCACCAUCAUUGAGUUUUCUGUCUAACCUUACAAUUUUGCAGCUCGACAAAAAUGUCUUAUUUGGAAAGAUACCUUUUUCGCUGAAAAAUUGUCAAAAUCUACAGAUCCUUGAUCUGGAGGAAAAUAAACUCUCGGGAUCUAUACCAAAUUGGAUAGGGCACAAUGUAAAGGUUCUCCUCCUAAGAUCUAACCAACUCAGUGGAACGAUUCCGUUACGAAUAUGCCAAUUGUUCUCUCUCACAAUAUUGGAUCUUGCAGACAAUAAAAUAUCAGGUUCAAUACCUACAUGCCUACAUAAUAUGACGGCCAUGGCUUUUCCUCCAUCUUCAAUUACUCGCAUGCCCUCCUUUUGCUUCACGGCUCUAAGCGAUACUCUUGUGUUUGUAGACAGUGUCAUGUUGCAUGCAAAAGGGCAAGGAUUGAUCUACAAAAAACACUUGCAAUUGGUGCGUGCUAUUGAUCUUUCGAGUAAUAAUAUGUCUGGAACAAUACCUCCAGGGUUAUUUAGCCUCAAUCAAUUGCAAUUUUUGAAUUUAUCUCAUAAUCAGUUUGAAGGGAACAUACCGAGAGAGAUUGGAGGCUUGAAACAAUUAGAGUCUCUUGAUCUCGCAAGCAAUCGGCUUUCGGGUGAAAUUCCUCCAAGUUUGGCUCAAUUAACUUUUCUGGGAACCUUAAACCUUUCCUUCAACAAUUUCUCUGGAAAGAUCCCAUCAGGGACUCAACUUCAAGGGUUUGAUCCACAGUGCUAUGCUGGGAAUUCUGAAUUAUGCGGAGCUCCACUUCAAAAGAACUGCACAGACCAACAAGACAUGGAACCCAUUGAAGGAAAUAACAGUCAAGGAGAUGAAUUUCUACCUUCAUUUUACAUUGGGUUGGGAGUUGGAUUUGCCACCGCUUUCUGGGGAGUCAAUGUUGCUAUUUUCUUUAAUAGGAAUGUUAGGCAUUCCUACUUCAGAUUCCUCUAUUACAUCAGAGAUGAACUUUAUGUUACAAUGGUCCUCAGGAUGAACUGUUUCCGUCGUUAAAUACCUACCUGGCAUUGUGGUGAGUGAAACAAACUUAUGAUUUAAGUUUUGAGUACUUCGUAUGCAUGUUUCAGUAAGUCCUCAUCAAGAGUGUUUAAGACUGAACAUUGCAAGGGAGGACGAUGUGAUGCUAUUGAAGGCAUAUUACAAGUGAAGUUCUUAGUUUUGAGUGUUACUUUAAAAUCGUGUAAUAAAUAUAUAUAUAUUUCCAUUUUCUGCAUAAAAUUUGUAUCCUUAAUAAGUAUGUGUCCUUAAAUAAAGACGAAAUUAAAAUAUUUCUUUUAGUAAGCAAAA